GGAUGGCUCUGGGGUCCCCAGGAUGUCUCUGGGGUCCCCGGGCCGUCGCUGAGCUGCCCCUGUCCCCCGGCAGCGAGCAGCUGAUGCAGCUGUACAGCGCGCGGCAGCGGCGCCGCCUGAACCGCGGCCUGCGCCGCAAGCAGCACUCGCUGCUCAAGCGCCUGCGCAAGGCCAAGAAGGAAGCACCGCCCAUGGAGAAGCCCGAGGUGGUGAAGACCCACCUGAGGGACAUGAUCAUCCUGCCCGAGAUGGUGGGCAGCAUGGUGGGCGUCUACAACGGCAAAACCUUCAACCAGGUGGAGAUCAAGCCCGAGAUGAUCGGCCACUACCUGGGCGAGUUUUCCAUCACGUACAAGCCGGUGAAGCACGGCCGGCCCGGCAUCGGCGCCACCCACUCCUCCCGCUUCAUCCCGCUCAAGUGACCUCGGGAGGGAGCCUCCUGCAGUGUAAAUAAAGAAAUUCCACCUGGA